GCGAGCCUCGAGGACGCGACGAACGGUACGCAAGUGAGAAAGAAGGCGAGGAGGUGGACUGAAGAAGACCACGAUCAUGUCGCGUUCUGUGAAUGCUGCGGCGGCUAUGGCGGCCUUGGUUCUGGUCGCGGCUCUGUGUGUUACGGUCCCCGCACGAGCGCAGCCUCCUUCGGUGACCAUCCAGUCUGUCACUUUCAUGGGCUCGGGCUGCAGCUGGAGUAACGCUAACUACUAUUUGUCCGCCGACUACAAGGUCCUCACAUUCAUGUUGGGGGGGAUGGUUGCAACGACGGACUCUGGGCUGGCCGGCAAGCGGAAGAACUGCCAAAUCUCGGUGGGGUUGAAGUAUUCCGACGGGUUCAGCUACUCGCUGGCGACGGUGACGGGCCGCGGCUUCGCCGACAUUGCCUGCCGCUCCACGGGGACCUAUCAGGCGAGCUACUACGUCUCGGGACAAACUGGGACGGCGUCCGCAUCACGCACGAUCGCGGGCAAGUUCACUGGCAACUACGAGUUCACGGACAAGGUCUCCAGGGUCAUCUCGAGCAACUGCAACAAUGCCACCAACCUCGACAUCGACUCCGAGGUGCGAGUGGAUGGAAAGAAGGCCUUCAUGACGCUGGACUCGUUGGACCAGAAAUUUGUGCUCCAGUAUAGACUUAACUGGACGACCUGCUGAUGACGCUCUCACUGCACUCGUCGUGUACCGGUUGUCGUCCGCCGGGCGGAGUCGUUUUGGAAAGCAGGCUGUGAAAAGCACCGCGACGAG